AUGGAGGAGCAAGACGAAGCGAAAGGGAGAGACGAAGGAAAGGGAGUAAGGAUUUUGCGUGCUCAGGCACAGUUGACUACUGGCCGUGAAGCGGACAUCAAGUCCGCGGGGCAUUCUGUGGCGCGACCGGGAACCACCACCCCGGAAGCGGCACGAUGCCCUGGUCUAGGCGCUUGCGCCACCCGUCCCUGUGAAGGGACAGAAGAGGGAGGAGACGACUCCGAGAGGCAGAUCCCAAGCGGCAGGGAUCUGGCACUCGGAAUCGAGAAAGAACGCCGGCUGAGCGUGGUACUGUCACGAUGCGACUCACCCGUCACCACGAGAGCGGCUAGCCAGGGGGAGGAGUCAAUGGACUCAGACUCCUCCUGUGCAAGCAUGGUGACGGUCACGUCAGAGAGGUCCGACCUAAGGAGACCGUUCCUUAAAAGGAACCGGUCGGACCCCGAGCUGGAGGACGACUCAGGCGAAUCUGUUGGGUCGCCCCUCAAAGGGGCGGCUCACAAGUCGAAGAGGGGUAGAGGACGCCCGGUGUCAACUGGGAUGUAUGUCGGUCUGGCCGCAGCCAGGGCGGCAUACAACCAAGAACUUGCCGAAAGCAUUCGGCUUAGUGCCGAGGCGGAAGUCGCUGGAGUGGCAAGAGGCGUGAGGGAGGCUAGGGCCUCUCUACAGCCCAGCCCCCAAAUGGAGUCUCAGUCUCCGGAGGAGGCAGAGAAGACGAGCGCCGCCCUCACUGGCAUCGUCAAGGCCUCGCUGGAGACCAUUCUGAUGGUCGCCAGCAAAUCGUCCCAACUAAAAGGGACUUACGUCCGGGCCUUAAAGGAGGCAGCGAAGGGGAUCGAGGAAGCGGUGUCCCUCAUUAGAUCCCGGAACGCUUCGGAGGAGAUCCUGCGCUUGGAGACCGCCAACGCGCAACUGGCGAAGGAAGUGGCUGUCCUGCGCCGCGAUCUGCAGGAGUUGCGGCAGCGACCGGCCCAGUCUCAGGAGCAAAGUCUCCGGCAGCUGCUGGAGGAGUCGGCCCGUGCGAAUGCCGAAAUGUUCGGCAAUAUGUUGAAUGCACGGAUGGCCGGCAUCGAGGGCCGACUCCUUCCAGAGACUCGCGUGCGGCCCCCACUUGCAGCGGACGCCAAAGCUGCCAGGGCAGACCCCGCUCACAAAGAGCCAGCGGGGGCCCCGGUAGCGUCCACCAGCAGUGAUGGCGCUCCUGCGACUGGGUCUAGCCUGGGCCAGCGGCCCAAGAAGGCUAGUAAGGAGGCAGCCAAGAAAACUGGCAAUAGCGGCCAGGCUCCUGCGGAUCCCCCCCUCGUGGGGAAAAAGGCCAAAAAAGGCAAAAAGAAGAAGAGCCUGGCGGCUAAGGAGGCUGCAGAGGCGCGAACUCCGACUGCUUCUGCCCCAACGGCGGAGCAGUGGUCCACCGUUGUUGGCCGUAAGGCAAAAAGCAAGGCGGCCAAAGCGCAGAAAGAGGCACAAAAGCCUCGGCCCACGGCCCCGAAGAAGGCUGUCCUCCGGACACCCAGAACAGCGGCGGUGACGCUGACCCUGGUGCCCGGAGUGGAGGAGAGGGGCGUUACGUACGCCUCUAUCCUCUCCGAUGCCAAGCAGCGCGUCUCCCUCACGGACCUGGGGAUAAACAACGUGAGGUUCCGUAGAGCAGCCACGGGCGCGCGCUUGCUUGAGAUCGGAGGGGAGGACUCGGCGGCGAAGGCGGAUGCGCUCGCCAAGAAGCUGCGAGAAGCUCUCAGCCCUGACGCGGUAAGAGUCGUCCGCCCAGUGAAAUGCGCGGAGAUCCGCGUCACUGGGCUGGACGACUCGGCCGACGCCAUCGAGGUGGUUGAUGCGGUGGCCAGGGAAGGCGGAUGCUCGGCCGAUGACAUCAAACAUGGCCGGAUAGUCGUCGGCCCGAGAGGAGACGGCUCACUGUGGCUCAGUUGCCCGGUCGCGGCCGCCAAGAAGGUGACCGACUCCGGCCGGGUACUGGUCGGGUGGACCUCUGCGAGAGUGAGGCUCCUGGGCUCCAGACCGACACGGUGCUACCGUUGUCUGGAGCCUGGGCAUCUGGGAGUCAAGUGCUCUUGCGAGGUCGACCGAAGCAAGCUGUGCUUCCGGUGUGGCCAGCCGGGCCACAAGGCGCAGGAUUGUGUGGCCGAGCCCCACUGCCCCGUCUGUGCGGCGGCAGACAAACCGGCGGCUCAUUCUGUCGGCGGUGGCGGAUGCAUUUCCGCCGCCAAAAAGCCGAUGGCUAAGGCCCCGAAGAAGGACAAAAAGAAGCCCAAGGCCAAGAAGGCCAGGGGAGAGCGGAUGGACACCAAUUCGUAA